AUGUCAAAAAAUGUCAAAAAUGAACCUAACCAUACAACUGUUUUGUAUGACCUAAUUGACUCAGCAGACAGUAAUACUUUUUCAAUGCUGUCCAUCUCAAAUGAGAGCAAGUCAUCAUCAAUCAACCAAGACGACAGUAACAUAAGUAUUGGAGAUCCCAUAGCUUCAUCAUCGCCAAAAAGAGUCAAACAAACUAAAACUGGAAACAAGAACAAAAAAGCUCUAAGAACUCUCAUUAUAAACUUUCAAAGUAUAAAGAACAAACGUACUGAACUACCAAUUCUUAUAGAAACCGCCAAUCCUGAUAUAAUUAUUGGAACAGAGACUUGGCUAUCAAACAAAAUUGGUAAUCGAGAAUUUUUUCCACCUGAACUUGGAUACGACAUCGUUAGACGUGACCAUGAAAAAGACCCUCAUUGUGGCGUACUAAUAGCCGCAAAGAAUGAAUUGGAAAUGAGCCAAGUAUCUAUUAGCAAAGAAGCAGAAAUGAUAACAGGCAAAAUAAAGAUAGGAACCAAACAGUACAUAAUUACUAGCUUUUACAGACCACCAAAUAAAACAGACAGUACAUAUGUGGAGAAAACAAUCACAGAGAUACAAAAUCUGAGAAACAACAACAAAAGGAGCACAUUCCUCCUUGGAGGUGACUUCAAUCUACCUGAUAUCAGCUGGGAAAGAAAUGAGAUUAAAGGUAACCAACUGCCAGAAUCAAUCAAUCGAGCAUUUUUACAGAUGUCAGCUGACUUGUCAAUCCAGCAAAUAAACAACAACACCACAAGAGGAAAAAACAUACUCGACCUGAUGUUUACAGGCCAUCCAGGACACAUAGAGAGAUAUAAAACACUGCCACCUAUAGGAAAUAGCGACCACGACAUAGUAUUAGUGGACAUAUCAGCAAAUGUCAACAAACCGAAACCACCAAAGAGAAAAAUAUACCUAUGGAAGAAAGACUUGGAGAGUAUAGGGAAAUACCUUGAAAGCCAAUUUGAUACUUUCAAAAAGACAAACUUUGAUGACAUUAACAACAUGUGGACAUCAAUUAAACACAUUAUAUUAAAGGAUUCCAUGGAAAAAUACGUACCAACAAAAACAUCACUUGCUAGACAGAGCCAUCCCUGGAUGAAUACCCAACUAAGACGUCUAAGCAAACAGAAGCAAAGAGCUUACUCUAAAGCUAAACUCACCAACUCAACAAAGGACUGGAAGCAGUAUAUAAACAUAAAAGCUGAACUUCAAAGAGAGUCUACACGAGCGCAUACUAAAUUCAUGCAAAAUAUAGUCAGUGAUGAAUUAUACAAGAACCCUAAAAGAUUUUGGUCAUACAUAAAGAGUAGGAAACAGGAAUCGUCAGGAAUAACAUCCCUAAAAAAAAGAUGGAUACCUACACAGCGACACACCCACAAAAGCUGCUAUACUAAACACUCAAUUCCACUCAGUAUACACCCAAGAAGACAUAAACAACAUGCCAGAUAA